UUGUUAAGACUGCCUGGCCAAGUGGAUCUCCUGUACUGGCCAUCAUUUGGUGUGAUGUCGGAGUCUAACAGUACUGGCAUCUUGCCACCAGCUGCUCAGGUUCCCUUGGCAUUUUUAAUGUCUCUAUUUGCCUUUGCUAUAAUGGUAGGCAACGCUGUGGUCAUUUUAGCCUUUGUGGUGGACAGAAACCUUAGACAUCGAAGUAAUUAUUUUUUUCUUAAUUUGGCUAUUUCUGACUUCCUCGUGGGUUUGAUUUCCAUUCCUCUGUACAUCCCUCACGUGUUGUUUAACUGGAAUUUUGGAAGUGGAAUCUGCAUGUUUUGGCUCAUUACUGACUAUCUUUUGUGCACCGCAUCUGUCUACAGUAUUGUCCUCAUUAGCUACGAUCGAUACCAGUCAGUUUCAAAUGCUGUGUCUUAUAGGGCUCAACACACUGGCAUCAUGAAGAUUGUUGCUCAAAUGUUGGCUGUUUGGAUACUGGCUUUCUUGGUAAAUGGCCCCAUGAUUCUGGCUUCAGAUUCUUGGAAGAACAGCACGAACACAAAGAACUGUGAGCCUGGCUUUGUUACAGAGUGGUACAUCCUCACCAUUACAACUCUCUUGGAAUUCCUGCUUCCUGUCAUCUCCGUGGCUUAUUUCAAUGUACAGAUUUACUGGAGCCUGUGGAAGCGUAGGGCUCUCAGUAGGUGCCCUAGCCAUGCUGGAUUCUUCACUACCUCUUCCAGUGCCUCUGGACACUUACACAGAGCUGGGUUGGCUUGCAGGACAAGUAAUCCUGGAUUGAAGGUAUCAGCUGCAUCCCGUCAUUCAGAAAGUCCUCGAAGAAAGAGCAGCAUCCUGGUGUCCUUAAGGACUCACAUGAAUAGCAGUAUCACUGCCUUCAAAGUUGGUUCCUUCUGGCGAUCGGAAAGUGCAGCGCUUCGCCAAAGGGAGCACGCAGAGCUUCUCAGAGGCAGGAAGCUAGCCAGGUCACUGGCUAUCCUUCUGAGUGCUUUUGCCAUUUGCUGGGCUCCGUACUGUCUGUUCACAAUUGUCCUUUCAACUUACCCCAGAACGGAGCGCCCCAAAUCGGUGUGGUACAGCAUUGCCUUCUGGCUGCAAUGGUUCAAUUCGUUUGUUAAUCCCUUUCUGUACCCUUUGUGUCACAGGCGUUUCCAGAAGGCUUUCUGGAAGAUACUUUGUGUGACAAAGCAACCAGUGCCGUCACAGAACCAGUCAGUAUCAUCUUGAGGAGAAUUGCUUCACGAGUGCCAACUUUAGUUUCUGUCCUCUGAACGGAUCUGAGCUUCCAUGUUGCUCUAUCCACUCAAGCAAACAGUGCACAAAAUGUAAUGUCUGAAAACUUUAAUAAAAACCCUCCACAUGCAAGUCAGUGGAACACGAGUCCACAGUAGUUUAGGAAAUGUGACAGACUGAGAGCUGCAAAAAUACUAAUAUUUUCCUCAGGGCUCUCUGUCUCUUUCCUGACACAACAUUUAUUGUGCUAUACAGAUUUCUUUCUGCACUCAGUGUUUUCCCCAGUAGUGUUAG